AUGGACUAUUGCAAACCUUUGCCCACUCUGACUCUCACUACUUCUCUUGCUUCAACCAUGAAAUCGCAUGGUGAUCCUGCUAUCUAUCAUAGUGUGGCUGGAGCGCUGCAAUAUCUAAGUCUAACACAACUAGAUAUUUCCUUUGCAGUUAAUCAAGUAUGUCAAUCUAUGCAUUCCCCACAAUCAACCAAUUUGACUUAUCUCAAGCAUCUUCUCCGAUAUCUUAAGGGAACAAUUGCCUAUGGCCUCUAUCUUAAAUGCCACUCAGAUCUCUCUCACCACCUAUAGUGAUGUUGAUUGGGCAAGCAGCACCUCUGAUUGUCGAUCAGCUGGUGGAUUUUUGAUCUAUCUUGGCUCUAGUUUAAUCUCCUGGAGCUCCAAAAAGCAACCAACAGUGGUUUGAUCUAGUACAGAAGCAGAGUAUAAGGCGAUUGAUAAUGCUUCUACGGAAUUAAUUUGGAUCAAUUCUCUUCUUCGCAAGCUCCAGAUAUCUUUGCCAGCUCUUAUACUUUGGUGCGACAACAUUGGAGCCACCUAUCUCUUAGCUAAUCCUAUGUGUUAUGCACAGAUGAAACAUACUGAAGUCGACUUUCAUUUUGUCCACGAGCAAGUCGCCGCAUGGAAACUCCACAUUUGUGCCAUUCCCAGUCGUGAUCAGACAGCUGACCUCUUGACCAAGGGGCUUCCCAAGCAUCGUUUUCUCUUUCUACGGUCGAAGCUCAAUGUCCUAUCCGACGCUUCACUUGCGGGGGAGUGUUAA